AAUCAAAGAUGGUAGAGUAUCAAGAGCAAUUGGGCUGUGCAAGAAGUUGGUGGGACACUUCUCGCACAGUUGGAAGAAAAAGGCAGCACUCACUGAGGCACAGAAGGAGCUUAAGCUUCCUGAGCACUCUCUCAUUACUGAGUGCCCUACAAGAUGGGGUUCAAAGAGAAAAUGAUUGCCAGAGUGCUGGAACAGAUGAAAGCCAUAUCGCAGGUAUUGACAGGUGACCGACAUGCACGCUCCCUCAUCCCAACCUGGCAGGAUGCUGAAGUGUUGGAGUCCAUUCAUAAGGCACUGCAUCCUCUCUCCGAAUUUACUGAUGCUCUUUCUGGAGAAGAGUAUGUGAGCAUCUCCUACCUCAAGCCAGUUCUCCAUCUUCUGGCAACAUCAGUCUUGGCUGAAGAUGCUGAGGACACUGAUCUGACUAGAUCAAUUAAAACCAAGGUCCUGGCAUACCUCAACGACAAGUAUAGUGACCUCAACACCCAGGAGCUUUUGGAUGUUGCGUCGUUCAUGGACCCUAGGUUCAAAACGCAAUACAUCAGCGCAGACAACCUUCCUGCCAUUAAGGCCCGACUGAAGACAGAAAUGGUGGAAUCGGCUAGACGUACACAUAAUCAGGAGAAGAGGUCUCGCACUGAAACUGCUCAAAAUUCUCCAAGUGCACAGGCCUCUGGGGAAAG